UUCCCCAUUUUUCUUACCUUCUCUCAUUUUCUUUUGUUGUCUCACGAGUUAUAGCAUUGCAACCACACUUGACAUAAAAAGAGAUGAAUCUUCUCUUCUUGCUUUCAAAGCCCUCAUCACCUCAGAUACUAUACAGCAAAAUUGGAGCACUCAAACCUCAGUUUGCUCAUGGAUUGGAGUCACUUGUGAUUCCCAUGGCACCAGAGUGACUCAAUUAAACCUUUCAAAGAUGGGAGUAAGAGGCACCAUUGCAUCCGAAAUCGGAAAUCUUGAUUUUCUGAUUUCUCUUGAUCUAAGUGGAAACCAACUUGAUGGUUCUAUUGCUCCAUCAAUCUUCAAUCUCACGGUAAUCGAAUUGAUUAAUUUAGGCGGUAAUAGCUUAUCUGGUUCCCUUCCAAAAGAUAUUUGCAGGCACAAUAGACUUCAAAGACUCAAAGUGCUUGAAAUAGGGUGCAACGAAAUGGAGGGAGAUAUACCGUUGAGUUUGGCUCAAUGCCAACAACUUGAUAGAAUUACAUUUGGAGGCAACAACUUUAGUGGACAUGUACCCAGAGAAAUUGGGAACAUCACACAGCUUAAGGUAUUAGACCUUAGCAACAACCACUUGAGAGGAAUCAUUCCACAAGAGAUUCAUCAUCUUCAAAAUUUACAAAUGUUGGACAUGUCGUCCAAUGAAUUGUCAGGCCCGUUGCCAUCUGCCAUUGGAAAUAUGAAAGCAUUACAACAGUUGAUCCUUGAGGACAAUGCUUUAACCGGACCAAUACCUUCCACUAUUGGAAAUCUAUCAAAUCUGGAGUUCAUAAGUCUCCUUAACAACACAUUAAAUGGUCCAGUACCAUCCACCAUUGGAAAUCUAUCAAAUUUGUGGUUUCUAAAUUUGGGAAACAACAAAUUAAAUGGUUUAAUUCCACAAGAGAUCCAUCAUCUUCAUUAUUUAAGGUCAUUGUUCAUGAAUGAUAACAAUAUGUCAGGCCCAUUGCCACCUGCCGUUUUCAACAUGUCUUCCUUUGGACGUAUUCAGUUAGAAGGUAACAAAUUUAGUGGGGUAUUGCCUUCGGAAAUUGGGAACAUGCAAGGGCUAAUGAUUUUGGGCAUUCAGAACAAUUCUUUCAUUGGUUCACUGCCAUCCAGCAUUGGAAAUUUAUCAAUGUUGGUGGAGUUAGAUCUCUCCUACAACAAUUUAAAUGGUCCAAUACCAUCCACUAUUGGGAAUCUAGCCAAUUUAAAGCAUCUUGAUCUCAAAUCCAACAAAUUAAGUGUUUUAGAUAUAUCUCAGAAUGCAUUUGUGGGCUCUCUACCUGAAAGGUAUAUCAACAAUUUCAAAGCAAUGAUAGAAGUGAUCAAGGUGGAUGAGACAGAAAGAUCCUCUACAUUUCGAAGUUAUGUGGAGAUGACGAUCACCUUGAAAGGUCAGGAUCAAUUAUUAGAGAGACUGCUGGAAGCUUUUACGAUAAUUGACUUAUCCUCGAAUAGAUUUUCUGGGAAUAUUCCACGUUCAAUAGGAAAUCUUAAGUCUCUCAAAUACUUGAACUUGUCACACAAUAACCUUAUAGGAAAUAUACCUUCAUCUCUUGCAAACAUGAGUGCGCUUGAAUCGUUGGACUUGUCUUCAAACAAUUUGGAUGGAGUAAUUCCAAGUGAAAUGACAAGAAAAUGCAAAGAGGAGAGUGGGCCAAAAGAAGAAGAGGAAGAAGAUGAUAACGAUGAUGAAGAAUUUAUAGAUGGAUUUGGGUGGAAAAGUGUAGUGAUGGGAUAUGGAUGUGGAUUCAUAGUUGGAAUUGGUAUGGGUUAUUGUGUUAUUCGAUAUGGAAAGCCAAGAUGGUUGGUUGAAUUCUUUUUUGGCGUUGGAUAUAAAUACAAGACGAAGAAGAGAGAUGAAUCUGCUCUUCUUACUUUUAAAGCAUUCAUCACUUCAGACCCUCACAAUAUUCUAAAGCGAAAUUGGAGCACUCGAACCUCUGUUUGCUCAUGGAUUGGAGUCACUUGUGAUUCCCAUGGCACUAGAGUGACUCGUUUAAAUAUCUCACAUAUGGAACUCGUAGGCAGCAUCCCACUAGAAAUUGGAAAUCUUGAUUCUCUGGCUUCUCUAGAUCUAAGUGGAAACCAUCUUCACGGUCCUAUUGCUGCAUCUAUCUUCAAUAUGUCGGUAAUCGAAUCUAUUAUUGUGUACAACACUAACUUAUCAGGCCGCCUUCCAAAAGAAAUUUGCAGGCACAAUAGACUUCAAAGACUCAAAGUUCUUGAUUUAGGCUGGAACAAAUUGGAGGGAAAUAUACCGUUGAGCAGGAGUUAUUCCGCGAGAGAUUGGUUGUCUUGA